AUGGUAUUUCAGAAGAGAUUAGAUAUGAAUUAUGAAGGUGGUGCAAAUACCACAGAGAUCGAUGUUGCCAAAAAGGUUGAAACACCGUCAACACCAGUGAAAGUAAUACCUCGGGAACGUGCCGCUUUCAGGGAGAAACAGUUUAAAGUUCGCUGCUCCCUACUGACUACUUUUAGUCCAUUUCAUCAUCUAUGGCUUAUCUACUGGAACUUUGCUCAUUUACCACAGACAUUACUGUUUUGGUUUUUCAUGGCUCUUAGCUCCUUUAUUCCAUAUUUCGCAUUAAAACAGUGGAGUCAAAUACCGGUAUCAAAAAUGGUUGGAUUUUUGCUAAUCAUACUUUACGUAUUCUACAUUUUCCUUCUGUUUUAUAUUCCGCUUAGAUUUUUAUUUUGGAUGGACUUGAGUGUUGCAUGUUCCUUCAUCAUCACUUGCGAAAAUACGCGAAUUCUGAUGAAAGUACAUUCGUAUAUUCGUGAAAUUGUUCCAAGGGUUUUGCGAAUAAAAAAAUCUGAACCAGUUCCAGCCUAUCCAACAAUCGGUUUAUUUAUCUAUUUCUUUUUUUGUCCAAGUUUUAUCUACGCCGAUGAAUAUGCCAGAACACCGACUCGAUCGUACAAAAAAGUUGUCAAAUAUUUUCUGCAAGCAGUUUUCAUGAUAUAUUGCACAAAUCUUGUCUUUACUCAGAUUGUACAUUCUCAAUUUGUGCCAAUUAAUUAUGCACAAAUUACUGUUGGUGAAAUAUUGGCAACCAUCUAUCCGGCAAUAUUACCGGCAAUGUCAUGCUUAAUUUUGCUCUUCUAUGGACUGCUACACUGUUGGCUGAAUGCAUUUGCUGAACUGUUGCAAUUUGGUGAUCGAGAAUAUUAUUUGGACUGGUGGAACUCAAGAAGUAUGGCAGAAUAUUAUCGAAAAUGGAAUAUGGUGGUACACGAAUGGCUUUAUGCAUAUGUCUACAGAGAUCUAACUGGUAGCCAGAGUGGUACAAUGAUUUCCCAAAUUUGUGUCUUCUUCUUAUCAUCAGUAUUCCAUGAAUAUUGGUUUGGAGUUUCACUUCGAUUCUUCUAUCCCGUUAUGUUUAUCCUUUACUUUGUUUUUGGAGGUUUGUUCUUCCUGCUCUCCAGAUUUAUUCGGUCUGGAUACAUAUGGAAUGGACUUAUGUGGGGUAAUUUGCUAAUUGGUACCGGUAUGUUUAUGACUUUUUACAGUCAAGAAUGGUAUUCACGACAUCGAUGUCCGCCAGUAUUCCAAAAUCAGCUUAUUGACAUCCUAGUUCCUCGACACUGGUUUUGUACCUAUGAUACAUUUUAUGCAAAUGAAGUGAUUGGCUUACAAAAUUAUAAAAAUUUUUCUUGA